AUGCCUCCGUUUGCUGCUGCAGACAGCUCGCCGCCGUCUCAGUCGCCAGGCGGGCCUGAAGCAGCAAAUGACAUUUUGCUGCGUCGCUGCCGCUCCACUGCAGCAGCUGCUGCCAGCUUUCUUGACGCAUUUCACCAGAGACAAAGGCAGCAGAAGAGUUCGGACCUCCGAAGCAGAAAUGAGGCUUUCCAUUCCCUCAAGCAGUGGCGAGCCCCCCCGAAGCACAGCAGCAGCAGCAGCAGCAGCAGCAGCGGCCGCCGCGAGGAGCAGCUGGCGGGCGCCAGGGGGGCCCCCAGCGCUGCUGCUGCUGCUGCUGCUGCUGCAGAGCGGGCGCGGCGGCAGCAAAUGGUGGGGGAAAUGGCCGCGCUGUUUAGCCGGCUGUCUUUGAGCAAGCAGCAGCAAGCUGCUGCUGCUUGCAGGCAAACCCUAGCGCGUCUGGAGCAGCAAAAGGCGCAGCUAAAUUCUCUUAUAAACCGCCUCAGCCGCUCUGUCUCUGCAACAAAAGCAAAGGGGGCCCUCAUCAAAGAGCGUUCUUUCCAGCUGCAGCUGCUGCUGCAGCAGCAGGAGAGCAGCAAGGGGCCCCAGCGCAGACGCAUACCCGCCAGUUUGCUGCUGCCGCUUCCCGAGUUCAGCCCCAGCAGCGCAGCAGACGGGACGCAGCAGCAGCAGCAGCAAACACAGCAGCAAACACCCCAGCAGCAGCAAACACCGCAGCAGCAGCAGCAGCAGCAGCAAACAGACCCCUGGCGCCGCGUGCUGAGGCGCACGAGGCCGCUGCGGCGCAGAGCGUCUCUGCCUGCGGCUGCGGCGCUUGCGAGGACGCCCAGGCCAGCUGCAGCAGCAGGAUCUCCUGCAGAAGCAGCAGCAACCCCUUCAGCUGCAGCAGCAGUAGCAACGCCCGAAGCAGCAGCAGCAACACCGGCAGCAGCUUCCUGCGGCGGCACCGCGUCACCAUUUUCCCCCCUGGAUGCAAGAAAAGCCUCCCUGGCAGGGGCAGCCGCCCCAGAGGGAGCAGCAGCAGCAGCAGCAGCAGCAGCGAUAGCUGCUGCUGCAGACCUGUCAGAGGCGAUUGAGCGCUUCCGCAGCAAAACCCGCAGCGCGAGUUUGUGCUGCUUCUCGAGAGACAAACUGAGUCUGAAGAAGCAGCGGCUGGGGCGUCGUCAAGCGACGGAGCUGCUGCUGCAGCAGGCGGAGGCUGCGUGCGCUGCUGCUGCUGCUGCUGCUGCUGCUGCUGCGGGCGCCGCUGCUCCUGCGCAGUGCCACGGGGCCCUGCUGCAGGCCCUCAUGGGCCUCUCCCGGGCCCUUUCCUUGGAGCUGCUGCAGACGCAGCAGCGCAUGCAAAUGGCAGAUCUGCUGCAGCAGAAGCAAGCAGCAACAAGGGGAGGCCUGGAAGCAGCAGCACUUCAGUCGCUGGGGCAUCUGCUUCUGCCAAUAGCGCAAUCUGCUGCUGCUGACGCAGCACCGGGGGCCCCCCACGGGAGGGCCCCCCAGGGGCGGCCCCCAGGCCUGCUGCUGGGGGUCUCCGGCCCAGGGGGCCCCCACGGAGGGGCCCCUGGGCUGUCUUCGGGGGUACUUGGCAGCUCUGCUGCUGCUGCUAGCGAGCAGCAGAUGUGUGGGGAGGCUUUGGCGCUGCGUGCAGCAGAACCCCUAGCAGCGGAGCAGCUCGACACUGCUGCAGGAGCUGCUGCUGCAGCUGCUGCUGUUGCUGCUGCUGAGGCGGAAGGCCCCACUAACGCCGCCGUCGCCGCCGCCGCUGCUGCUGCUGCUGCUGCUGGCAGCAGCGACGGGGAGAAGGGCGGGCGCAGCAGCUGCAGCGGCUGCAGCGAAUGGAGCGAAGAUGACAGCAGCUUGUUGGAAGCCGAAACUGACUGCGAAUAUCUGCUGGGGCGGCAGCUGCUGCCAUAUGAGCGAAUGCUGCUGAAGUUUCGCAUGCUGCGGCGGCGCGGGGUGGCAGCAGCAGGAGCAGCAGCAGCAGGAGCAGCAGCAGGAGCAGGAGCAGCAGCGGCGGGCCCCGCGGAGGCGCAGCUGGUGGAGGAGCUGCUGCAGGCCGUGGAGGAGGGGGGCGCUGCUGCUGCUGCUGCUGCUGCUGCUGCUGCGGACUCCCUGGCGCCCGAAGACGAGGCUGACGUGUGGGGCCUCUGGGGAGAAGAAGCAGAAAGUGAAGCAGCAAAAGUCGAAAGUCUUUUGACUCUGGUGCAGCAGCUGCAGCAAGCUGACAUGCAGCAGCAAGCUCUUUCCCGCAGCUUGCUGGCUUCGAAGCGCCCAAUGCCCAAAGAGGAGGCGAUCCUCCACGCCUUCUUCCAGGGCCCAGGGGGGCCCCCAGAGGGGCCCCCAGGGGGCCCGCGGAGGGGCCCCCCGGGGGGGCCCCUAGGAGGGCCCCCAGGGGGGCCCCCUGGGGGGCCCCCAGGGGUGCAUGCAGGCAGCCAGGGUGUAGGUGUAGAGACGCCAGCGGGCGCAGAGGCGGGAGUAGAUAGGGGCAGGGGGGCAGAGGAAGCAGCAAAAAGAAAAAUGAAAUUAAAUGAAAAGGAUGAGACAAAAGUUGGCGCUUUCCCCUCAGCGGAGUGUCUGUACAGGGCGCACUAUUUGCUGGGGCCCUGGAGAGCCAAUUUGCUGUCGGUGUCUCAGCCUGAAAACGAGAAAGCUGCAAACUGA